GGAGACGCGUCCUCCGCGAUGUGACCGUCACGUCACAAUACCCCGCCGCGUCAUAGCGCGUUAUCCUGUCCAUGGCUUUCCCGCUGAUCGCAUCUUAUUAGGCGGUGGGACAACGACGUGCGCUUUGCCCCGGAAAACAUUAGAUCAGCCUUGGGCUACCUCCCUUCCUGGGUACCCCCCACACAACGGUCGGGAGAUCCGUGCACAGUUUCUCGAGGGGAUGUGGCUAUAUAAGCGAUCGGGCGAAUGGGGAGUGCAAGUCCUCUCCCGUAAAUGUUGCAUCGAUAGGGCUCAAGGCGAGAAAGCUGUACGAUGAUGAGCUGGACGGGCCCCGCGGCAGUGGCAGAUCUUUCGGAGCCAUCGAUAGGCAACUUGAUAUUAGGAGCUCGCGGUGCUAACAAGUUACUUCUCCCUAGAUGAAGUGCCUUUCGGAUAGACGAGGCGCGUAAAAACUGCUGCCUUCCGAUAGAAGAGAGAUAGGGUGAACAGCAAUGGAUCCUAGAUUAGAACCAGUCCCUGGCGAUCUUGGACUCCCAACUUCUGGGCCCGAUCCACAAACUCAUAGGGCGCACAAGCAAUAGCAAGCAAAACGGCCCAAUCUGGAACUUCCCUGAACCGGUCACGACUCACUAGGGAUAUGCUUGCGGGUAUCAAGUACUACAGUAUAGGCCGAUCAGACUGACAUGUGCUAAUCAGCAUAGGCAAAUUACCGUGAAUCACCCCACCCGUAUGUGGUCCAGG